AAAUCGUUAACAAAUCAGAAUGGAAUCUGAAUCAGGAACAAGUAAUACGAAAAUAUCCGAAUCAGGAUAUUCCAAUAGUUGUAGCAAUACUACCUCCCAACAUAGUACUAGUACAAAAUCUAGACAUAGUGGAAGCAAUUCCAGUAGAAGCAGUGGUUAUUGUGGUGCCCCUACAGGCGAAGAAAGCUCUGAAAAUGUGCCGUGCAAACGUUCCAAAGAACAUAAAAAGAAAAAGACUAAAACUCCUCCCGAAAAGUUUUCCGCUCCGGCCGAGAUGACAGUUGUAGAAAAUCCCACCGACGACAGCAUUACUGGUGUAGAAUGUCCGGCUCCCACGACUGAGGCCUCUGAACCAGUUUGCACUGCUGUUGCUGCACUACCUGCCUUUGCAAUAGUAUGGAUGAAAGUUGACACAACAUUACCAAUGUCUAUUGUACGGGGAACUUCAUUUUCUAUUGAAAUAAUUGCCAAAGCUGAUAACCCUUUUUUGCCCAUACGCGAAAAUUUAAGUAUAUACAACUCUGUCUUUGUUUCCUUUUUGUUCUUGAUAGAAACUAGCAGUAACGAGUUAGAAAAUAUACAAGAAUCCACUAUUUGUAUGGAAGAGGAUUCCAUAGUUGAAAAGGCCGAUGAUGAAUGUGAUAAGGAAAACCUCAUUCCUUGCAACAAUAACGAACCGCAGACUUUAAAUCAUUUCAACGAAGGAUUUUGCUGCGUCAUAUCCAUACAUGAUGGCGCGGUGAUUUACACGACACCUAGUUUAACCAACGUGCUGGGAUUUCCCAAGGAUACUUGGACUGGACGAUCGUUUGUCGAUUUUAUCCAUCCUAAAGACAGGGAUACCUUUGCCAGUCAAAUUACCAAUUGUUUAGCUUCACCUUUAAUGGAUGCUGAAGGAAAACUACGAGACUUUAAAAACAACCUCUACGUGUGCCUACGACAAUACAAAGGAUUAAAAUCCCCCGAAUUUGGUAUUGUUAAUAAGCAAGUAUCUUAUCAAGCCUUCCAUUUGACCGUCACCAUCAAAAGGAUAGAAGAAACCCAAGACUUAAAAUUCUGUAACAACAAUCAUGGGAUAUUUCUUGUAGUCAUAGCUGUACCUGUACAUAGUUCCUAUAAAGUACCAGGAGAGAAGAUAGUAUCAGUUAAAUUCGGCAUACGUCAUACCGCAUCAAGUAUAUUCAACCAUGUAGAUUCCGAAGUAGUCAGUCAUUUCGGAUUCUUACCUCAAGACAUGCUAGGAAAGUCAGUUUUUGACUUUUACCAUCCAGAAGAUAUGCCGAUUCUUAAAGAACUUUAUAAAUCAGUGAUGACAACGUGCCAUAAAAAAGGAUCGGUCUUCCGCUGUCAUCCUCAUAGAUUUCUAGUACAAAACGGCUGUUUUGCGAUGAUAGAAACUGAAUGGUCAAGGGUAAUGAAUCCAUGGUCUAAAAAAAUGGAAUUCGUUAUACGCCUACAACGGGUUCUUCAAGGACCACUCAACCCAAAUGUUUUCGAUACUCCUAGCGACGAAGAAUUCAAAAAAAUUCCUGAGGAAAUUAUCAAACAAGGAAAGGAAAUUCAAAUUGAAAUUCUCAAAAUUCUCAGUGAGGAAAUACCUAGACCAACCGAUAUCGCACAACAGGAAGUAACCAAGCGAUACAAAGUUCUGGCAGAUUUUAUGGAAACACUUACGAACAAUGUUAAUCCAUCAAAACUGGAAAUUGAAUUGCCUCAAGACCUCGAUCCAACGAUAUCCGAGAGAGAUUCUGUGAUGUUGGGAGAGAUAUCUCCACACCACGACUACUGUGACAGCAAAUCCUCAUCGGAAACACCGCCGAGCUAUAACCAAUUAAACUACAACGAAAACAUCAAUAGGUUCUUCCAAAGCAACCCUAAAACAACCAUUUCAGAUGAGAGCAACUCCCAAACCAAUACUAUGGAUACGGAUUCUAAGAACAUUACAGAUUGCGUGGGAAAUACUCAAAAAUGUCUUUCUCCAGUUGAAAAUAGUGGCGCAUCUAGAACAGGAAGUGCUGGAAACCUCAGUUCGGGAAGUAACCCCAAUUUGGAAAGUGGUACAACUAGUGGAACAAACACAUCUAAUAAUUCAUAUAAACCCCCACAGUUGACCGAAUCUAUACUAGUCAAACACAACGAGGAUAUGGAAAAAAUUUUAAUCCAAAGGCACCGUGAGGAGAGAUUUCAUAACAAAGAUGCAAAGAAAUGCCAUCAAAAAUUAGAAAAGCAUGCGAAUGAAACGUUAAGAGGAGACGAAAACCAGCAAACGCAUGGUGUUAAACGAAGCGGAUCACAUUCGUGGGAAGGUGACUGUCACAAGAUGACAAAACAUCAUGCAAAUAAUAAUAAUACCCAAGAACACUGUAGACGUAAUCAAAUGCAUCAGUAUACUGCCACACAUCAGUCAACCAAUCAACAAGACCUGCGGCGUACAACUCAGCCACUUCAAACAGAGAUGCAUGAAGUUAAUGCGUGGCCUCCUUUUUCAUUAACCAAUCAAUCCACCAAUGCAGGCUUAAACGGGGCAAUGGCCAUGAAUACAGGGAUUUUCCCUGUAUAUUACCUCCCCGCCUCUGUCCAACAAAGAUCCUACGUUGAACCACUACCUCGAUAUCAAGUGCAAUACUUGCCAGCAAAUGUAUUCUACAACACGAUGUUUCCAACCCCACCAGUUCUCUGUCCAACAGUGCCGGUGUUUUCUAUACCGGUCACCGCUGCUCCCACAGCCAGACCAGCCAAUGCAACUCCGCCAAGGAUUCAUCCAGAAGUUCAACCUGCUACUGACAUGGCUCGAUUCGACAUGAGCUCAAAUACGCAGACGCCAGUCUGUCAUAGGCCUUCCUCUCAAGCGACUUCCGUUAAAGCUGAACCAGGAAGUAGAAUGGGCUCUAUUGCUUCCGCAAGUGUCGCCAAUAAAGCUAUGUCCGAGUGUUCUCGAAAAGACAUGGGACUGCUUUCGGUCUGUUCGCCAGGUACGCCGGUAGUCAGCCCGCCCGAUGGAGAAACGCAAGCGGGACAGUACAAAUCUGAAUCUAAGAUGCAGGAAAUUCCUAAACCUAAACUAGAAUUAGACAUAUUACGACAACACCAAAAAUCAUACCCUAUGAGGAAAAAAGAACCGCCAUGGUUGGAAUCUGUAUCCAUGUCUCCAGAACUAAUUUAUCGAUACCAAGUAUCCGUCAAAGAUCUAGAAGAUAUACUUAAAAAAUCGAUUAAAUGUCCUAAAAAUGUCAAUCAGCCAAUGAUGGUCAACGAUCAACUGCAUCAACUUUAUAUAGAAAUGGAAUUGGAAGGUUUAUCUAAAGCACUAACACUAGAGGAAGGGUUUAUGUCGAGCAGCAGUAGUGGCGAUGACACAUCUGCGAAUGGCGCUGAAGGAACAAAAAAAAGACGUUCUUAUAGUUCACUGAUGAUGAUAUAUGAAGAAAAUGCACCGUUACCACCUCCAGAAGCCAAUUGUUGAGUACUCAAAACAUAGCACAGCUUUACAUCGUUUUAUAAAAUCGACAUAAAAUUUUAUUUAUAACAAUUGUAUUUUUAUACGAGUAUAUUAUAUAAAAGUUCUUAUCUUUUCUACUUAUU